UUCUAGCAGAGAGCAGAAGAAACACAAGAGAGAUGAAAACGCAGAGCAGACGCACACACAGAGGAAAGAAGAGGCAGAGAGACGAGACGAAGGCACAACACUCUAAACUGCUUUCGGCCGGACACAGAAGGGCAGAGAAACAAAAACACAAAGAGGGCAGACUCACACAGAACAAGCCAAACACGAACACUUUCAGCCAUUCCAGAGACGAAAGACCAGAGAAACACAGACGCAAGAACGUCGCUGGAUGCAGUAAUCAAAGAGGAGUGAAGCACGCAAUCAGUAUUUCAUCUCCCACGCAAGCCUCUGAAGCUGAAUCUGGUAAUUACUAUGGUCAAUAGAAUGCUUGUAGGUGAACAAAAGAUGCAGUCAUCUCAAGUCACGCGUCACAUUUUUUAUGUUGAAUUCAUGGCUAAGAUAAUAAAG